AUGGCUAGCAAGACUUACAAUGUCGGCGUUGUUGGCUACGGCUUCAGCGCAAAGAUCUUCCACAUCCCCUUCGUGAAGGAGGUCCCCGAACUCAAGCUCUACGCAAUUGUCCAGCGCACCCCGAAGCAAGAUGAUGAUGCCGAGAAGGACCACCCCGGUGUCAAGUCUUUCCGUACCACGGAGGAGAUGGUCCAGGACCCCGCAAUCGAUGUAGUGAUCAUCACUACUGCCCCUGAUUCUCACUUCGCUCUGUCCAAGCUGGCGUUGGAGGCAGGCAAGCACGUCGUUUGCGAGAAGCCCUUCACCCCCACCACCCAGGAAGCCGAUGAGCUCGUCGCCAUUGCGAAGAAGAACAACAAGCAGCUUGCCGUGUUCCAGAACCGCCGCUUCGAUGCCGACUUCGUGACCCUCUCCAAGCUCGUUAAGAACGGCUCUCUCGGCCGCAUCUCCGAGUAUGAGACCCACUUCGACCGCCACCGUCCCGAGGAGCCAGCUGCCGACUCUCACAAGUGGAAGAACAAGGUCAUCCCCGGUGGCUCAGCGAUCUACGACCUCGGAACCCACCUCCUUGACCAGGCCGUGCACCUGCUCGGUCUCCCCGCGCGGGUGACCGGUUUCAUUGGCUCCGCCCGGGAGGCCAACUCGUCUUCAUAUGAGGACUCCUUCACCGUUCUGCUGCACUAUGCCAGCGGCCUAUUGGUUACCGCCAAGGCGACCGUGGUCAGCCCUGAGGAUGAGCAGCUGCGCUUCUGGGUGCGGGGUGACAAGGGUAGCUUCAAGAAGUACCACCUUGAUAUCCAAGAAGAUCAGCUCAAGGCUGGCAUCAUGCCCCAGGAUAAGGGUUACGGCCGUGAGCCAAGCGAGCGUUACGGUACUCUGACUACCAUCAACGACGGCAAGCCUGUCAAGGAGGUGGUUCCCACCGUGGAGCCCCCCACCUAUACCGAGUACUACCGCAAGCUUGUUCGCGCUCUCAAUGGUGAGGGUGAUCUCCCUGCUAGUGGCACGGAGGCUCGCGAGGUCAUUCGUUUGAUCGAGUUGGCUCGUGAGAGUUCCCGUACUGGACGUACUUUGGACGUCUAA